AUGUCAAAUGAACUUUCUCAAUUAGAACUUGACCUUACUUCUACCGAAACCGAUCUCCAACCAUUAAUAUCCAGCACAUCCAAAACAGAUCUUCCUCCUGAGCAUCCUAAUGCAAAAACCCAUCGAGAAGUAAUGUGUCUUACUUGUCCAAAUGGAGAAAAAACCUGGCUUCGAAAAAUUGGAGAUUUUAAUACAUCAAAUUUGUGGCGGCAUCUUGAAACAACCUUUCGUAAAUUUCUUGCACAAUGGGUGAUUUCUGAUAGUCAACCAUUUAUGACUUUAGAAAAUAUACAUUUUUGUCACUUAGUAAAAUUGUUAAAUCCACAUGUUUUAGUUCCUAGAGGGGAUACAAUAAGAACUGAUAUAAUUAAAAGCUUUGAAGAGAAACGUAGAAAACUCAUAAUCUUAUUUCAAAAUAUUCCUGGAAAAAUUUCAUUUGUGAUAGAUGUAUGGACAUCGCCAAAUGCAUAUUCAUUUCUAGCAACUACAGCACACUGGAUCACUAACAAUUGGGAACUCAAAAAUAUUUUGAUUGAUUUUAUUGAUCUUAUGG